UCCAGCCAAUGAGAUGAGCCGGACACAAAACCCGGAAGAAAGCCGACUGCAUGAGUAAUAAUGGGCUGUAGCUAAUAUGUAAAUUAUUAAGUAUAUCGCUAUAUAUUUCACUUUUAUUUUAACCGGUGAUAUUUUAAUAUAAUUUAACGGCUGACAUUCUCGUAUGAUUGGUAACCUGGCUCAUAUCGCAAGGUUUUGCUUAGGAAACAUGGCAGCAACAGCAGAUCACUUCAUGUAUUUUGCCUUUGGAAGCAACUUGUUGAAGGAGAGACUUCAGCUGGCGAACCCCUCAGCUAUAUUUCAUUGCACCGGCCGACUGAAGCAGGACUACACAUUGAACUUUGGUCUGUGGGGGGAGCACAUUGACAACCGUUGGCAUGGCGGAGUAGCAACCAUCGAGCAGAAAGAGGGGGGAGAGGUGUGGGGGGUGGUCUGGAGGAUGAGCAACGACCACCUAGCCAGCCUGGACCAGCAGGAGGGGGUGGACAUGGGUAUGUACUUCCCCUUAGAGGUGACAGUGGAGACAGACAACGGGGCGCUGCUCUGUAGAACGUACCAGAUGAACCGCUUCCACGCCUGUCCCCCUUCGCCACAGUACAAACAGGUGGUGUGUUUAGGAGCCCAGCAGAAUGGUCUACCAGUGCAGUACAUGAGGAGACUAGAGGAGGUUCAGACCAACAACUACAGUGGCCCUUCUAUCCUGGACAAGAUCUCACAGGUCAUUAAGUAAUUCUGAUAUUUUUUUCCACUAAUUGGUCUUUUGAUUUGGUGUUUUGACCAAUCGGAUCAGCUCUGAAAAUAUCUUUGGUGUGAAAAGAUCUGAUGUGAUUGGUCAAAAGACUAACUAGUGGAAAAAAUAUCAGAAUUGGGCUGCCUGUGUAAACGUAGCCAGAAUCCAUCUGAAAUGACAACCUAUUGGGCUCUGGUCAAAAGUAGUGCACUAUAUAGGGUGCCAUUUUGGACAAACACACAGACAGACACCAUAAAGACUAAUGCAUGUGAUGUGGCUUUGGAGAGAUUUGAUGACAAAUGGUUCAAUUGAAAUGGAAUGGGACCUUUGAGAGAAAUGGGAGAUGUAAUGUAUUUAAUACAUGUAUACUGAAUGAAAUCAGUUACUUCAGAAAUCAAUUGAUUUAAUGUAAAUUGUUAUUCUUUGUUUCUUAAGAAAUGUCUGAAGGAUCUCUGCUCCCUAAACUGUAUCUGGUACAAUUGUCUUUUCAACAAAACAUAAUUUUGUAGUCAUUAAUGACGUUGAACAUUCAACUAUGUAUAUACAGAAUUAUCACCAUAGUGUCCCAGUACAAAUUCUGGAGUUGAUUUGUGCUUUAGUUUUUACUUAAUUCAAUGGAUACAAACUUGUGCAAAAUAUAUAUAUAUAUAUAUAUAUAAUCAAAGAUGCUUGAGUAAAUAAAGGGUGUGUUUUCAAUCAAAUGUUAACAUUUCUGCUGAAUUUGCUGUAUGCUACCUAGAUUUUACACAACCACAGAAAUAAAGCAAUGAACCAACACAA